GUGCCGGAUCUGCUGCCCCAACAUGUAUCCACCUUUUAUUCAUACAUCAGUCAAUGCAGAGCACAGGUUUGUGCGUAAAUGAAAGGGCAAACAUUUGACCCUUACAUAAAUUUAUCUGCUGAAAUGUUUUCUACGUAAGAUACAAAUGGCUGCCAGUCAAACUGGAAGAGGUCGUAGUUCUCAUUCAGCAUUUCCAGUUCUGCCGGAAAAGAAGGCGCGCCCUUCCAAAGGGAGGCCCGUCAGACACACACCUGGAGGCGUUCUGGCGUCUCCGACCGGGUCCAUAAAACGGAAGCGCUGAUCGUGUUGAGGGAGCGUCUCUGACCUCAGCAGGAGGAAAACGUCCCGCGUGUGAGCUGUGUCCGAACCAGACGACGUUCCUCAGGAAGGUUUACUCCAACACACACACACACACACACUCAAAAGAUUGAUGCUGAAAUGGAGUGUCAGUGUGAAAACAACGCAGAGGCUGCCCCUGCUGGCUGGUUCAUGGGAGGCAGCAACGUCCAGAUGGGGGCCUUCGCUGUGGUGGGCUACUUUCUGUACAGAUUUUCACAAACUCUCCCAGCGCUGAUCCGUUGGCCGAUCCGUUUCUUCUGCUACAUAACCGGUCCUGCCUCAGGUCUGUCAGCUCUUUGGGGCUGGGUGGGCCGCCUGGUUGGAACCUUCCGCGGAAUCAAGAACCUGUUGAAAUGGGUUUCUCGGGUUUGGCGGUUUCUAGUCGCAUUUUCCUCCAAAUUCAAGUGGAUGGUUCCCAUCAUCAGAGCCAUCACAGGAUCGUCUGAAGAUGGACCACAAAUCAGUGGAGCUUCAAGGAAGUCAGAUUUGAGGUUGAUCUUCCUGGGGCCAAACGUAGCGGACCGAUACGUCGUAGCAGACGAUUUGUUAGCAUUAGGUAGCAACAAGACGAGGCCAUUCAGCGAUGUGGCGAAGAAUGGCAUCAAGCAGACCACAGUACUGGACGGCAGAGAGAUCACAGUAAUCAACACCCCCGAUUUUUUAUCGUCGUCGAUGGGGAACGCCAGCCGCGCCAGGGAGGCCCUAAGGAGCCUCCAGCUCACUACUCCCGGUCCGCAUGCCUUUCUGCUGGUAAUCAAGGCUCAAGGCUCCGGCGAGUCGGUCGGCCAGGACCUCACCCGAGCCGUUCGAGGAGCGCUUGAGCUGUUUGGAGAGGGAGUCACGGGAUACAUUAUCCCGGUGAUCUCGUAUGUAGGCGGCAGACAAAGCUUCACCGUGGAGGAGCUGCUAGAGGGGCUGGAAAAGGCCUGCAAUUUAUGUGGUCAGAGUCCAGAGCUUGUGGACAUCAGCGCAUACAUUCCACCUAAAGGGAAGUAUUCAAGUAGAAGGUCUAAAGACUGUGCUUACAGAGAUCUGGUUGAGCGUGUGUUGGAUGUGAAGGAGAGCAGGGGCCAUUUUGUCCAUGAGGUGUACAAGAGGGAGGACGAGCUGAGGGAGAAGCUGCUGGAUGACAUGUCCUCUGCACUGGCUCAACAACUGGGCCACAGGUAGAUAGGGGAACUACACAGUGAGAGGUGUUGGAGUGUUUGUUAGCCUGGGCCAAAGAAAGAAAAAAAUGUAUAUA